CGUUCGCAGCCGCAGGAUGGAGGGCGCCGGGGCCCGCUGCGCCUCUGGAGGAAGCCGUGAUGCUGACGUUGUCUGCGAAAAACGCUUGUUUAAAGGCAAACUGCCAGAGCUUCUCUUUCAGCUCGCAUGCAGUCACCACCACUGUGCUUUCCCUGUGAGUCGCAAUGAGUUGUGCGUCUGGAACACAGCCACUGCUCAGCCAUUAUAUUUGUCAGGGCAUCAUGACUCAGUUUCUGCAUUGUCAUUUGGAAGUAAAAUCAAUCCGCUUCUUGUCUGCUCUGCCUCUCAUGAAUGUGUGAUAGUGUGGAAUCUUGAUGAAUGUACGCAGAAAGUGCAAGAAGGGUUUACACCUCGAGGAAUUGUUAUAGGAACUCUUUUGGGAAUGGUGCUUCAUAUCAGAUUUAGUCCAGAUGAUCAACAAGUGGCAGUAUGUGCUGGAAAUCAGAUCUACAUGUUAAGUGCAAAGGGUGAAGCUAUACUAGCUGAAUUGGAUGGACACCUGGCUCCGGUGACUGCUGCUGAGUUUUGCACAUGGGAGAAAAGUAUUCUCAUAUCAGUGUCAGAAGACAGAACCUUUAAGGUGUGGGACUAGUCUACCAGUCAGUUAAUAUAUCAGUCAGGAAUAAUAACAACAGCAUUUCCUUUGCUAAGUCUGCUAAUUGAUGAAGAAAACAAACAGAUUAUCACUGGAUGUGCUGAGGGACAGCUUUGGAUCUUCAGUUUAAUCAGUGAUCAUAAUUACCGUUGCGUAGCACAUAUCGACUUAAAGAAAGAGCAAGAGAAAUUCUGUAAUAAAGUGUGGAAAUCUGGCAAAGAGAUAGGUGAAGGGCAAAAUAAUUCCAAGCUUUGCAAAACUGACAAGAUGAGACCAGAAGGAUUAGUGGAAACAUCAUUGCCUAUCCUCUUAAUUGAGCAUUGUGACUUUUUUGUAUGUUUCCAUAAUGAAGAAAAUACAUAUUCUUCCCAGAAUACUGGCUAUUUUUGGAUAGGAACCUCUACUGGCUUGUCAAUAAUUAAUUUGGCAAACUUUGAAUUAGAAGCUCUUUUAUCUUACAGAGAUUACAGUGACCUCAGCAUUUGGAUUGCCAUAUCAUGUGCAUUAACAAGGAAGGCAGUUAAUGGAAAGGUUUUAUGCUUGAUUGCCUCGAUGUUUGAAGAUAUGAUUUCUGUGUUGGAAGUUAACCUUCCUGAAUUGGUGAGAACUCAGCACAGUGAUUUUUUUCCAUGUGGAAAUGAGAAAAGUCUAUCAGUUAUUGCCAGGGGUACUUUAUUGGCAAAUUCUCCAUUGUGUAAAGGUUUAAAGAAGAACAUGAAAGAACCUUCUAGUUAAACACUUGUACUAAAGAACACAGUGAAGGAUAAACCUUUGGUUUUCCAUAAUAAAAUUAAGUCAUCAGGAUAUACAGUAGCACCAAGAAUGGCCAUGUUUUCUCCAAAUACUAACCUGAAAAAAAAGGCAUCUAAGUGGAAGACCAGUUGUAAAUGUGAAAAUAAAGAAUAUCCAUUGGAAAGUUAUCCUCCAAUCAAAUAUGAGAAAGAGAUAUCUGUUACUUGUAAACCAACCCCAAUUUUUUGUCUUCAAUAUUCUGGGGAUGGAGAGCUGUUGGCUUGUGGCCAGGCUGACAAAAGUCUGCUGAUAUUCAAUUCCAAUCUCGCUGAUGUACAUGAUGUUUUUUCAGGUCAUGAUGGUGCAGUUAACUCUGUUGGCUGGAGUCAUGACAGGAAGUGGUUAGUUUCUGCAUCAGAAGACAGAACUUUAAGGGUCUGGUCAGUCUGCAAUAAGAAAACUGCCCUAAUUCUGGGUAAAGAGAAGUUCCAUAAGACUGUACACUUUGCACAGUUUUAUUUUAUAGAUACAUUUCUAUUGCUGUGUUGUGGAGCUGAAUUUCAUCUAUUAAGUUUCCAUCUAGACACAACCAAGGAUGACCUAAAACGGUACAAACAGAAGAGUGUUUCCAAAUUGGUACAGAAAUUUCCCAUGACUUCAGCAAUGGCAAUUACCAGCCUUUCAGCAGUAAAUGAGUUCUAUUCUUAUAUUGUACUUACAGCUGGCAGCAACCGAGCAUUGGAAGUUUUUGACCUCAAUGCAGGCUGCAGCACAGCAGUGAUACAGGAAGCUCAUGUUAGAUCAGUCCAUCAGAUCUGCCAAAACAAGGGAUCAUCCUUCAGCACUCAGCAACCUGAAGCUUACAACCUUUUCCUGACCACAGCUGCAGGUGAUGGCAUCAAACUGUGGGAUUUAAGAACACUGAGGUGUGAACGUCGUUUUGAAGGGCACAGUAGCCACUGCUACCCAUGUGGAAUUGCAGUAUCUCCCUGUGGACGCUUUAUAGCCAGUGGAUCAGAUGACAAAUACGCUUACGUGUAUGAAAUGUGUUCAAGCACUUUUUUAUGUAAACUGGGGAGACACACAGAAUCUGUAAUCAAUGUCAGUUUUAAUCUCUCAUCUCCACAGGGUGAACAUGAUGUAUUUCUGGUCUUUGGAUUCAGCAAUGUUAUAUUCAAUCAAAUGCUCACCACAGCCACCUUGGAUGGCAAACUCCAAUUGUUUCUACCCUGAUACUUGCCAACCUGUGGAGCUUUGGCCAUGGUACUCUGAGAAUAAUGACUUGCUGAGAGAAAGGAGACUGGUAACUGGCCAGAAGCAAGUAGCAUAAUAUUCCCUUUUAAACUACAGUUUUCUUCUGAUAUUAUUUUCAGGAAGUUCCUCAAGCUGUUCUCAAAGUUUUUCUGCUGUACAGUCUGUUUCCUUUAUUGCAAAAAAUAAGGAUGAAAGAUCACGAAAAGCAGGAGACUACUCAUUCUGACUUCAUUGUAGCAAAUCACCGCAGAAGUGACUUUCAAAGGUCUUCUUGGGUUCUUAUAGUUAGGUGCAUUCUGAAGUGCUUUGCUAGACUUUAGUCUAGACUGAAAAUUCAAGUAAAAUAACAAGCGCUCCAUUUUUAAAGUUAGAUCUGUUUGUGACAAAUUUUUAAAUUAGUCUGAAAGAAAGAAGGAUUGUAUGUCUUUCUGAAAUGCCAUGAAAGUCCUUCUGCUAUACUUUGGUGUUACUGGAAUCAGCAUGAAUGUUGUUUGACAUUAGAAUUUUGCUGUUAUACUAUUUAUACCACAUUUUGUAAAUUUCUUAGGGAACAUGUGACAAGUGUCUUCUCUUUAAAAUAAACUAUUUCUGUCUUUUAAAUAUCUAUUAAAUAUUUUCAAAAAUGUUAAAAUAAUUUAAA